UUUUGUCCGGGCCAAAGAGCGACAUCCGAAGGGGGAUCAACACUCGGAGAUGCUCGGGUCAAGAUGAUCUCACACUGCUGUUGUUGAGGCCCGGGCUCUGGGGAGGCCAGUCCAUGACUGACAGUGUUCAGUCGUAUGUUUUUCUAUCCAGUUUUAGAAGGAAUAGCAGGAGUGCAUCCUAGUCCCAUCAGAGCCUGACCCCGUUUCCGUGAGCUACGUUAGAGUGUAGCCCCUCUGGGACUUGUCCCCUCCUCGUGCUGACGAAGGGAAGAAGGCCACAGCUGGCCCAUCCUAGCCCAGCUCAACUUAGCCUGACAAAACCUCAGCCUUGCAUCACCUAAUCCUGCCUGCUGCAAAGAACCUAAAGUGAGGGGUCCUACACUUGGAUGAUCUGGGGGAGGAGAGAGCACAGUGAGCCUGUCAUGUAAGCCGCCUCCUUUGGGGCCACCUCUCGGUGUACACUGCUUCCUGCCUCAGGUAGAAGCCUCAGUGUUUCUGCUGCUGAGGCGUCAGGCAGUUCUCUUUCUCCCUCUCCUCUUCACUCCCUCCCGCUGAGAAGGCAACACAUCCUCUCGCAAAGCACGGAAAUGGAGAAGAGCUGCUCAGAGUGCACAGAGCCGACUCUUGCACAGAGUCUGUGUACGCUCUGCAACAAGUGGUUGUGUUACCAGUGCACAGAUGUGCACCAGCAUCUGAGAACCCCCAACACUUCCCAGUACAUGGAAUCACACCAGCAACAGAGGCCCAGUGCCACCCAGUUCCCAGAACUGCACCAGAGGGGCUCCAGCUCCCUGCCUCCUACUGGACAAGGCCCGGGGUCGUAUCCUUGGUCCCUCCUCAUGUGCCACUCUCACAGACAGGAGCCCUUGGAGCUUUUUUGCGAGUCAUGUGACCUUCUGUGCUGUAGCAGCUGUCACCUGUCCUCCCACAAAAACCACAGGGUGGUGCAGAUCGGAAAGGCCCUACAGGAUCAGCAGUGGCUGUUUGAGAGUCUGAUGGUUCAGGUGGAGGAGAAGAGGUCUGCAGUGGAGAACAGCGCUAAACAAAUAGAGGAGAGGCUUCACGGAGUGAAGAUUGCACACAGGAAGGCAGAGAACCAGAUUAAAAUGGCAAAGAUGAUUAUGAUGAACGAGCUUAACAAACGAGCCAACCUAUUAAUAGAGCAACUGGAGAAGAUUGCAGAGGGCUUCCAGCAGCGUCUGGAGGACCAGCUGCAAGGGGCAAUAGAGAUAUGUGGCCAGCUGGACCAUAUUCAGAAGUUCAUCACCUGGGCUAUGACCCAUCACUGCACAAGCCCGGUGCUCUUCAGCAGAGCUCUGAUUUCACUCCAGAUGCAGCAGCUGCUUGAGGCGUCACACCACUCAGAUUCUUGGAGUCCUGUGAAGAUAAAAUUCAACUGGGAUGCUAGUUACUGGACGAAACAAAUUUCCUGUUUAGGUCAGCUGACUGUUGAGGGGGGAAACUGCGCUUAUCCCCCAGGGUUGGCCUGCUCCAGUAUUAUGAGACCCCAGCCCAUUACCUGCUUGACUCUGCCACCAGUGUUUCACAGAGGACGAGAGCCGGGCUGUGGGUACCAAGCCUGCUGUGAGCCUCAGAUGUGCUGCCUUCAUGGCAUUCAUUCGCAGCCAGAUCUUCCCAGUCUGGACAAAAGCCAGCUGGACACCACACUUUAUAACUCCAGCUGUGCUCAGCCGGCUCAUAUUUCUGCUUCCCAGCACCAGAACCAGCAGAUCCAGAGGUUCUGGGACCAGGAGAGUUCCUUGCAGCGUCCUCCACCUGCAUCACCUGUCCCAAACAGAAGGCACAAUCAGCUCAGCCGCAGCCGAGCAUCUGCAUCUCAGCCACAAGCUGCUGACUCACAACCACAUUCUCAGUCUAAGUCCUAUCUUUCUCAUCAUCAACACCGCAAAGAAGUUCUUCCAAAUACCCAGGCUCGGCUAAGUGCAGAGCGUGGGAGACCAAACCGGCGUCGGGGGAAGCUAUCGACCAGCAGAUCUCUGCAACAGGAGCUCAGCUACACGGCUCUGGAAAGGGAUCCAAUGAGUGAAGAGAACCGGGUGGAAACGCAUCGUGUGGAGGAGACCUGUGGACAAAUAGCGGUUGCUGAAAGGAGGGAGAUGUUGGAUCAAGAGCUACAACAGGGCAGGAGGGUGCAGAGUCCUGUCCAACAGCAGCAGCUGCUGCUGUGUUUAUCAGGUGUGAGAAAAGAGCAAAAGAGGACCAACUCUGCACUGACCGUCAAAGACCACAGAGAUGCCAGGCCUGAAUCCUGCAUACGUUUCCCAGGGGGCAUAGAUCAGAGAUCCACAUCCCUGGAGGUGACAGUGACAGCCCACGAGUGUGUGUCUGAUGUGCAGAAUAGCAGCAGGCUGAGCACUGGCUCGGUGUGCUCGAGGAGGAAGAGGCGCUCCCAGAGCAUCCCGACAGAACUGGCAGCCCCGUCCGCCAGCCCUUACGCCGAAAGGCCCACAGGAUGGGCUUGUAGCCUAGAAGCGGGAGCUGCAAAUAAGUAUUACGUGCUGGAUCCCAGACAGAGGAGAGCAUCAGAUGGGGUGCUCUGUGUGGCCAAGGAAACUUCAACUGAACCUCCUUUAAUGUCCUAUAAGACAGAGCCAGAUCACCCCAUCACUUACGUAAAUGAAGAGAUUGGUUUUGAUGCCAACAAGAAAUGCAGCUUCUCAAGUAACAGCAACAGCAGUGAUGUUCAGAACGACUCUGCAAGGCCCAGGGUUCCAGUCAUUUGCCUCGAGCGUCUCAAAAUACUCGUGUCUCAGCUCCCACCACACGGACGAAGACAGAGUGACCCUCUACCUGCCAGUGGGACGGAUAAGAGCGAAACCCUCCCUCAGGGAAUAACAGGAGAAUCUGAGACUAGUGGGGCCACCCGCGUGCUUGCAGCACCAAAGCGACAAACUUGUAAUGAGUCCACCGCACAAUCAGACUGCAGCGACAGCAACAUAGGGGUACCUGUUCCUCGUAAAGAAUCCACACUGCUCUCCGCUGACUCUGAAUAUGUGGCACCAAGUUUCUAUGAACUGGAUCUGGAUUCUGACUCUGAUCCCAGGUCAGUGUCAGAGGAAGCAGUCAUCUCUCAGGCUGAUUCAGACCCACAGCUUGACUCAGAUGCAUCACCAGAUUCUGACCCGAAUGCACCGUCUUCAUCUGAGGCUGAACUGGAGUGUAGAGCUGAGCAGAAGUCUGCAGAGAUGGGGCUGUGUGGCGACUCAGAGCCAAGUCUGGAGUAUGAGGCAGAUCCAGAAUCAGAUGCGGGACCAGACGGCCGAGGGUUGGAUGCAGAUACAGAAUCAGGUGAUGCUGAAACGGAGUCCGACAUCCAGCCUGUAUACGACCCCACUUUUCAGGGCGAGACUGAUUCUGACGUGGUCUCCGAUCAGCCUCCAGACUCUCAGGGCUCUGUGGCAUCUGAGCUCGAUGUAGACUCUGAACCCGAGCUGACCACCGAUGACCCGCAACCGCUUCGCUCUGACCUGGAUGAGGAGAUCGGUCCAGGUCAGAGGCCGCUCCUGAUUGCAAAUCCCGUUGUUCCCGGAGACACAGAGGAAGUCCAGACUGAGCAAGACAGCACAGAGUUGGAGAGUGAGGAUUUUUGUGCCGUUUGUCUGAUCGGAGGAGACCUGCUAUGCUGUGAUCGCUGUCCAAAAGUCUUCCACCUCUCUUGCCAUAUCCCCCCUUUGCCGACCUUCCCCUCAGGUGACUGGGUGUGCACCCUGUGCAGAGAUGUUCUACACCAAGGUGUCGAAUACAACGGUGACAAUGAGAGAGCAUCUGGAGAAAAUGCAUCAGCAAAUUUGCUAUCUCCAUGUGACCAGAAAAAAUGUGAGCGGCUGACACUUCUGAUCCUCAGUAACAUCCUGAGUGCGCCAUUCCAAGAGCCCGUCAGUCCACUCGCACGCCAUUACUACCAGAUCAUCAAGAGGCCAAUGGACCUGUCUGUGAUCAGGGCCAAGCUGAGCAAGGGGAAUACCCAGUGUUACAGCUCACCUGAUGAGUUUGUGGCCGACAUGUAUCUCAUGUUCCGCAACUGUGCAAAGUUCAAUUACCCUGACUCUGAGGUGGCCCAAGCAGGCCGCAGCCUCGAGGCCUUCUUCACCUCCAACCUGAAGGAAGUUUUCCCAGGCAGAGUCUUCCCCAUGGCUGAGGUGGAUUCAGACAGCGAUGAGUACGACGAGGCUUACAGGACCACUGAGAGCGGGUUCCCUUGGCCAGAGAGAAGAGAGCAGUGCCACAGGAAGAGGAAGAGGAGGCAGUCUCUCAAGUCGAGGAGGCAUCAUUUCUAAUUAGAGCUUAAUAGUGCGCAACCAUGGCAGAAAACAUGUUAUUUCUGUUUAUAAAUAUGCUGUUUUUUUUUCAUUUAGCAGCCAGAGGGAAUGCACCAGUGUUUCUAAAAGCAAGCCAACCUUGUGGUUUGCAGUGAUAUGACAGUACUGCCAUCUGAUGGCAGCUAAACAUGCGAAAAUAGGAUUGAGAGUAGUAACUAAUGCAGGAGUCAUUAUUAUCCAUGCAACUCAUCGGAGGGGCUGAGUGCGAAAAUGGAAAUAAGUGAAGGUCACAUUGUAUAGGUUACGCAGUCAUACCUCUGUGGAUCUCGGUUUGUUGCUUCUACAGCCAUGUAGUGAGGUGAUGCUGUAAUACUUCCUUUAUCAUGUCAUAUUUUGCCGGCUAAGCAUAUGCUCCUGAUACACUGCACUGCUUGCUAUUUUCUGCUAACAUAAAAUACCUUAUAUAUCUUUCAUCACAUGCUUUUUUUGUACAGAGGAUGCUGUAGUUGGAUGCUUAUUAAUCGCACUUUGCAUCUUUAUUAAGUGGACUUUUUCAGGUCAUCAUAGCCCUGAUUAUACGCAGUACUCUGAAACUUUGUCGGUAAAUUCUGUACUUACCAUAUUCACGAGUUUCCAAAUCAUUUAUGCACGUGUCACUGUAUAAACUUUUAUUUUACUAUAUGAAUGAUUGCAGGCAAUUAACAUAGGUUUGAUCAUUGUUAUAAUUAUGUGUGUCAGUAGCCUUUUUUGAAAAGCAGCAGCAAAUUGUUUAGAUUAGAGGAAGACAGGAUGUGAGAGAUCGUGGGCACCGUAAGCACUGUUAGAGCUCACCGGGGCAUUUUUAUUAUUGGAGAAUUUAAUAUCUGGAGCAAACAGUUCAUGAAAUGUAAAAUUUCACAUUUAGCUAACAGAUAAGUUUGUGUAUGUAUAUUGCAAAUUAUUUCUCUUGGAGCAAAAUCUUCCACUCUUCUCUUAUCGGGAUGUCUCAGGCUUACUGAAAGUCUAAGGUGUUGUUAUCUUUGAUUACUGAUGAGUAUAAAAAUGUACUUGCUGCUGUGUGUAGAGAAUUACUGUCGAAAGGAAAUGCAUAAUUUUAUAAAAAAAACGCUGUAGCGCAUUUCCUGUUUUUAACUAUGCUGUACUUGGUUCCUGCAGCUUAAUAUACGCUUUGUGUGACUCAUGGCGAUGGAUGUACAAAAGUAGCGAAUGUAUAGUAUAUGUAAUGCUAUUCCUUUUGACAUCAGUAGAUCUAAUAGGCGUAAGGGGAAACUGCCAUAGUUGCUGUCACUGUUUCAAGAGAAAUGUUGUCUUUUUUCCUUUUUUGUAACUGUAAUUAUAAAUGCACAAAUAUUAAUAUCAAUAAAACGCAUUCAUGAAAAAAA